AGCCAGUCGUAUCAGGGGAAGAGAAAUAUUAAGGGGAUAGCACAGGAAAAGGACAUGGAUAGUAUCAAGCGCCGAAAAGUUGCUGUGCUGUCAGCUGCAGAAGAAGGAUAUCAAACUCAACAACUCCUGGUGAUCCGCGCCCGGUUGCUGGCCCUCCUUGUCUUCACCGACAUCCGGCGGUUUAUGUUUGAAACGGCAAAACAUUGGUCAGACGAAACGCGGGAACAGUAUCGCUGCCGAGAACCGUCGAAAGGACAUUUGCUUGAGCUAUUGCGGGAAUUGACGAGGGAAGAUGAAGCGAUGACUAAUCGUCCGGGGAAUGCUAGCCGCGAUACACCAAGGCCAAUCAUCAGCCAAAUGUUGAAUUUUCUCGCCGAGGAAGUGCGAGAGGUCGGGGAAAAUCGAAACGCGAGCAACGGCGUGAAGCGGCUCGUAAGUGAGCAAGAUGGUAUUGAUCACGUGCGGGCGGCAGCGUUGCGGGAGAAAGACAAAGAAGCUACAACAUGUUAUCCACCGUCUUCAAGUAGUUCUUCUGCUGCAACGACCGCGUCCACGGCGGCGUCUUCUAAUUCCGGUGGGUCAACAUCUGCUGGCUCAGGCUCAGCAUCCGUUGCUUCUUCACACCCUUCUGCACGAGCAGAUACGAUCACCUAUGACGACUACAUGGAAAAAACGUUGGAAUACACAACCCGACAGCUCGGUGUAGCUUUUCGAAAAUUCGCCUCAACCCCGAUGCGGU